AUGAUUCUGUUCUUUAUCUCCAUCUCUGUUAUUAAUAUUGCUUGGUCUCAAAACCCACAAGCCUUUCAAAGGAAACAUAUGACAUUUCUGGAUAACAUAGAUCAUAACAGAUGCAACAGUGAGAUGAAAAACAGAAGGAUUGCUUUGACUAGGAGUGGAUGCAAACGGCUCAACACAUUCAUCCAUGCCCCUGAGAAGCUUAUUGACCAAACCUGUGUGGCAGGGAAACCAUACGUGAUCCAAAAUUUGGAAUAUAAGAAGAGUAGCAUGAAAUUUCGUGUGACAAGUUGCAGACUUUCUCAGGAAUAUGGAAAAGAUUGCAAGUACAAGGCAGAAGAGAGCAGAUGGAAAUACAUUGUGGUUUCGUGCAACCAAAAUAACCGUCCAGUUCAUCUGGCAGGGAUACUCACCUGGUAA